CAGUACAAUGACGCAGUGCUGGCGCUCAGGAUUGCCCGUCAUACGCCUUGCUCCACAUGUAAUUCCUGUCAAGGCCUACGACCUCCGUCCGGCGUCGCACUGGUCUUAGGCGACCAUUCUUGUCAUAGCUCGUCACUUGGUGACCUGAAUCAGUACGGGUCGGACGAGGACGAGCCUUCAUAUCUUGAAACGUGCCUCUGUGGACAUGGCGUUCGCGAGCACGGAGCCGACGAGGCGACAUUGGGUAGGGAGGAGUUCUCCCGCCGAGGUCGUCUGGCUACCCGUCUGGAUGAAAUGCUACAGGACGUGGACAGGCUGUUGGAUUUUGAAUACACUGACGGCAACAUGCUCUCAUUGAGGCAGCAAAUAAAAUUACCAGUAUCCUUGAUUACCAUGUCCCCUACUUCCCUAGGUAAGGCGGGUGCAACCCCUUUCCAGCUACCUUCAUGUCUUACUACCAUCGUACAGAUCGUUCCACACGAGCUCCGUCUUCUACACCCUCAAUUUCGGCUGAAGAACCUCCCGUUAAGAGGCGUCGCCUUUCUCUCUCCCCACUGA